AUGGAGGAGGUAAUGGCACAAUUUAUGGCCAAGGUGGAUGCUAAAUUUCAAGAACAUGACAUUGCUCUAAAGAAUAAUGAGAACACUAUGCAGAGCAUUGAAAGGACACUCGGUCAAUUGGCAACAUUUAUGUCUGAAAGGCCUCAAGGAUCACUUCCAAGAACCAUAGAAAACAACCCGAAAGAGCAAGUGAAGGCCAUUACUUUAAGAAGUGGAAGGGAGCUUAAUUUAGAAGAAAAAGAGAAAAAUUUUGGAAAAGAGGAAAUGACUAUGAGAGCCGCAUUGCCCACCCUUGUUCCGAGCCCAACAGUGAAAAACUCGGGAAAUCCUCCCGAGCCUUCUUUUCUUACUUCUCAUUAUGUUCCUCCUAUACCUUUUCCUCAAAGACUUCAGAAAAAUAAGCUAGAUAAACAAUUUUCUAAAUUCCUUGAUGUUUUCAAAAAAUUACAUAUUAAAAUUCCUUUCGUAAAUGCCUUGGAACAAAUGCCUAGUUAUGUGGAGUUCAUGAAGGAGAUUCUAUCAAACAAGAGGAAAUUAGGAGAGUAUGAGAUUGUGAUGUUGACCGAAGAGUGCACCGCCAUUUUGCAGAAUAAGUUGCCACCAAAGCUUAAAGAUCCCGGGAGUUUUACUAUUCCUUGCACCAUUGGAAACUCUUAUUUCGAAAAAGCUUUGUGUGAUUUAGGUGCUAGCAUAAAUUUGAUGCCCUUUUCUAUUUUCAGGCAAUUGGGGAUAGGAGAGGUCAAGGCCACUAUAAUUGAGUUUUGA